AAAGCUGGGUGCAUCCUGAAUUAGAAUGGAAGACGCCAUAGUUUUGUUCAAUUUUUUCAUCUUUAGUCUUAAUUGGUCCAAGUCAUUUUCAAGCAACGGUUGCAUUGCAGUCGAUUUUGCGUGACCCAAGAUCACUAUUGAUGAAUCCCAAGAUGAUAGAGGGAGGAAUGAUGUUGCCGAGGUUGGGGAAAGUAAUUGGAGGCAGAGCAGGUGCAGCUUCGUUUCGGCAGAGCUGUAGCGCCGGCAACAGUUCUUCUUCAUUGAAGCUCAAGGCUGACUCUUGCUCUUUCACAGAUGAAGAUGACGAUGCUCGGAGUAUCUCUUUGUGGAGUUGGGGUGAAGAAGAGGCGCAAGACUGGUAUGAGGAUCAUUUUGUGUUUAGAGGAGAAAUGUCCUUCGCUUUUGACUCUCCCCCCACCAGACAGGAAGUGGAGGAGGCAGUCUCUGACUUGAAGUCUGCAUUUCCCUUUUCUGGUUCACAGUGUCAUCAAGCUUCAUUGCCACUGUCAUCAGAGGAGUACAGUAAUGAUCCAGCUGGAGUUGCAGAGUCCUUGGAGACCAAUACUAGAUCUUGCAAAACUGUGUUUGAUUGGAUAGAACCAGAAUUGCAUUUCAGCAAUUGUAGAGCUGUGCAACCAAUGGGACACAAGCAUGUACUUGAUGCAUUUCAAUUACUGCAAAAUAGCCCUACAGUUCAGGGAAUGGUCAUUUCAUUAGCAUCAGAUAAGGCCAUUUGGGAUGCUGUACUAAAAAAUGAGAAGGUUAUAGAAUUCAGAAAGUCACUUCAAAAAGGAGGGUCAAAGGUACAGGAAGAAACUGAAGGAUCAGUUAAUGCUUCUGCUGAAACUAAAGGAUCAGACGAUGCUUCUAUUAAUGGAAAGACAAAUUUGUUUAUUCAAACUGCUGAAAAUAUCAAGCUGAAGGUCGCUGAAUAUAUGGAGAAAAUCACAGAACUUAUCCACCACAUUCUUGGGUUUUCAGUCAAGAAGGGCUUUGCAGGAAAUGAUGGAGAUAACCUAGAUAAUACUGUCAAGUCCUCUUUGAUGCUCUCUAUUGCUGUUCUCUUGGUUGUCUUGGUCAAAAGUGGCCAACAGAUUUGAUAUUGUUGCUGCUAAAAGUACAACCAGUAAUUUGCUGACAUGACAUCAUGUAAAUAUAGCCGGGCCAUUGUUUUCAGUGGUUAUCACCAAAAUGUCCACACAUUCCUAUGAAAACUAGAAAAUAAUGCUUUCUCAGCUGACUUUCAAUAAAGCUUUCUGUUCUACCUAAAAAUUAGAUGAUGCAUUCUGAAUCAAGAAAUUAGCUCAUUUUUAUUGGGCAUGAUCAUGUCUUCCAAAUGUUUUA